AUGGCCAGACUUGCACUUAUCAGUAGACAUAUCGUUAGCUAUCGAGCAAGCGUCCCUCUCUAUGGGGUGAUUUUGAUUGAAGAUGAAGAAAUUGAUGAUAUCGUCAUUGUCGAUGAAAAUAUUCCAGUCCAAGCUUUACUUUCGAAAUUUCGAGAUUGGAAUCCUUUAAACUACGAAAACCAAUACAUUUCUCCAGGAAUUAUUGAUAUAGGCGUUCGUGCUGAGUGGGAAGGCAAAACUAACAUCACUCAAAUGGCUGCUUCUGGUGGUGUUACCUUCCUUUUGCAGGAAAAAUCAAUAUGUAACGAGGAAAAUGAACCCUCCACAUUUAAACUUUAUUGUGACGUUGGACAAAUUAUCCGUAUUGACUCAACAAAUUUCAAUGAUAUAACUGCGCUUAGACAUUCAGGAGCUUUUGCAUUUAAAGGGUAUUUAUACCCACCAAGCUGGAUGGUUCCUGCUCUCCCUGAUGAUUUGCCAGCUGUUUUUUCAAAUAUCAGUGAAAUUGGAGUGCCUUUGAUAAUCGAUUCUUCGUUGCCGCAAACAAGGAUGCUGUUUAUGGCUUCUCCAUGUAGACACUUAAACUUAAAAGACAGACUGGUGACCGAAAUUAAGAAUGAGAAUGAAUUUUUUGCUGCUGCAUUUCCUGACUCUACUAAUCCAGUUCUUUCUGAUGAAGAGGACGAAGAAAUAAUGGUCCCACAGCAAAAAAAUAAAAGAACAAGGUCUAAUUGUAUUAAAUGCUCCGUAAGGUUUUCAGGACAGUUUCCAAAUGAAGUGAGGAUGUCUCGACCAGUCGAAGCCUUAAAAAAACUUAUAGAAAAUCCAAUGCUAGAAAGAAGCCGAACAGGCUAUAUAACAAAAAAUCGCCGAAGAUCCAGUUAUCAUGAUAUAUACGAAGAUUUAGAUUAUCGAGUAAAAAUAAAUGAAGCCAACAUAGCAGCACUUAUUAAAGCUGAGCAGAAAUCCUACGAAAACGCUGGGAAAACCGUUUUUUCUAAAUCCAUAAAUCGACAGCGUAGCAGUUCUUUUAAUGAAUUUAAAUACAGAGAGCCUGAAGAAACUCAGCCAAUGACAGCUCGCCAAAAAAGGCUAAAAGGGAAAAGACCAAUCCCAUUAAGCACUAACAAUGAAGAAUUCAUUGAUUCUCAAAAAGACCGUCAAUAUUUAAAUCACCUUGUAAAUAUUCCUGACAAAUGGGAAGCCAAAGGUGUUGAAAAAGUCCUUGAAAUUCUACAAGCAGAAACCUGCAAGGUUCAUUUUUCUAAUUUAUCCUCAGCUAGUGCUAUAAAUAAAAUCCGACAACAAAAAAAGCAUAUAGAAAAUGUGACUUGUGAGACGGCUCCUCAUUAUUUGUGCUUUAAUGACCAGGAUAUCAGAGAUGGGGAUACGAGGUUUAAGGACUACCCUCCAAUUAGGAGUAAAGAAAACUCUCAGCUGUUGUGGGAUUUGCUGAAGAUGAAAGCGAUCGAUGUAAUUUCGUCUCAUCAUGCUACAAUACCAAUUGAUUAUAAAAAUAUUGAUAAUGGGAGCUUUAAAAAAGCACUCAAUGGAGUAAAUGGGCUAGGUUUUGCAAUGCAAGCAAUCUGGACUGGUCUUUGUACGCCUUCAAGCACAGUGUCUCAAAGAGAGCAUUAUAUAGUCAGGCUUUCCAAGUGGUUUUCAUUGCAUCCUGCAAAGCUACUAGGAAUUAAUCAUAGAAGAGGAAGCAUUGAUAGAGGAAAAUUCGCUGAUCUUAUUAUAUGGGAUCCGUAUGAGCAUGUCCAUGGAAACUCGAAUUCUGCUUAUAAGGAAAGUUGCAUUUACCAGGGGAAGAAAUUAUUAGGAAAAAUUUCAAAGGUUUAUCUUCGAGGAAAAGUUGUGUAUAAUGAAGGAAACUUUUAUAGCCACGGAGCAAGGUUGUCAGGUAUAUAA